UCGGUGGGGCAGGACGGGGUGAGCUGAGCCAAGCCGAGGCGAGCUGGCUGCUGCCUGUCUCCGCGCGCAGGGGCGCUUGAGCGCUUGUCCCACGGGGUACGGUGUAGCUUCUGUGCGGGCGGUGCGUACGCGCUGGCGGGGUCGGGCUCCGUGGUGCGUCGGUCCGUGGAGGGGGGAGCGAGUGACCUGGCUGGAUAAUCGGCGCUUUCGCUGCAUAGCCUUGCAGUGCACUCACCGGCCUGGGGAAGCGGCGACGGAGGCCUCGGCAGCUCAGUGGAAAGAAGGGAACUGGAUAGAACACAAAUUAUGAAGGUGUUAGUCAUUGGACUUGGCGGAGUGACAAAUGGGGGGAAAACAACACUGGCAAAACGACUUAGGAAACAGCUUCCAAACUGCAGUAUACUCGCUCAAGAUGACUUCUUUAAGCCAGAAUCUGAAGUAGAGGUAGAUGAACAUGGAUUUAAGCAAUAUGAUGUACUUGAUGCCCUUUAUAUGGAGGAAAUGGUGACAAGCAUACGCUCGUGGAUGAAAAACCCAACAGGCUCUUCUGUCUCAACAACAGAAUCAAAGAGUACACCUGUGAAUCUGAAAAGUACAGAAGAAGUUCACAUUUUAAUAGUUGAAGGUUUUCUUCUGUAUAACUAUGAGCCUCUUAAUGAAGUAUGGGAUAGAAGAUAUUUUCUGACCAUUCCAUAUGAAGAAUGCAAGAGGAGAAGGAGUACCAGAGUUUAUCAACCGGCAGAUGGACCAGGAUACUUCGAUGGACAUGUAUGGCCUAUGUAUCUGAAACAUAAAACGGAAAUGGAAGAAAAUACAAAUAAUAUCGUUUAUUUGGACGGAACAAAAUCUGAGGAAGACCUCUUUUCAUAUGUUUAUAAUGAUAUAAUGCGGGAGCUAGAAGCAUGGAAAAAAACUAAUAUGCAUGAGCAAGUGAACAGAACAGAGAGACAGUUUAGAUCCCUCCCAGCUAACCAACAAAACCUUCUUCCUCAAUUUCUUCUUCAUCUGGACAAGAUUCGGAAAUGCAUUGAUCAUAAUCAAGAGAUCCUACAGACCAUUGUGAACGAGUGCAAACAUAUGUUUGAAAAUAAAGAAUAUGGAGAAGAUGUAUGUAAAUUGGACUCUUUUCAUAUUUCAGAAGAAAAUGGGAAGAUUGUGCCAGCCUCAACGUUUGACAUGGAUAAAUUAAAGUCCACUUUGAAACAGUUUGUAAGAGACUGGAGUGAAACGGGGAAACCUGAGAGAGAUUCCUGCUACCAGCCAAUCAUUAAUGAAAUUGUAAAGAACUUUCCAAAAGAGAGAUGGGAUCUCUCCAAAGUUAAUAUCCUGGUACCUGGUGCUGGGCUAGGUAGAUUGGCCUGGGAAAUAGCUAUGCUCGGUUAUGCUUGCCAAGGAAAUGAAUGGAGCCUCUUUAUGCUCUUUUCUUCUAAUUUUGUACUCAACAGAUGCUCUGAAAUUAACUCUCAUAAACUUUAUCCCUGGAUUCAUCAGUUUAGCAAUAACAGGAGAUCUGCUGAUCAGAUACGACCAGUUUAUUUCCCUGAUGUUGACCCCCACAGUCUUCCUUCUGGUGCAAACUUUUCUAUGACAGCAGGGGAUUUUCAAGAAAUUUACUCAGAGUGCAAUAUGUGGGACUGCAUAGCAACCUGCUUCUUCAUAGACACCGCGCAUAAUGUCAUUGAUUACAUUGACACAAUAUGGAAAAUUCUCAAACCAGGAGGAAUAUGGAUAAAUUUAGGUCCUCUCCUUUACCACUUUGAAAACUUGGCAAAUGAACUUUCUAUAGAAUUGAGUUAUGAGGAUAUAAAAAAUGUUAUAUUACAGUACGGAUUCCAUCUAGAGGUACGGAUAGAUUGUGGAGAAAGAAUCUGUAUUGUCUACAUACACUGUGAAUGAACUAUCCAUGAUGAAAUACUACUAUGAAUGUGUAUUGUUUGUGGUUAGGAAACCAGAAUUGCAGUGUUUCAAAUAGAUUCUUCAGAAAAAAUGCUGGAGAUAAUGCUAAAAUUUAUAACACACAAUGGACUAGGUAAUGACUGGAUACAACCUCAAAUCAGUGGUGCCUUGUUUAUUCUUAACAGGAAUUUGAGAGUGUCUAUUUUCUUAAUACCUGUAUUGCUAUCCAGAUAUAUACUGUGCCAUGCAUAUUUGUACUGUACUAGUGAAUACGGAAGAAAAUGUACACAUACACAGCCCUCAUUCAUCAGAGUGCAUACAAACAUCCAUUUACACAAAUAUAAAACUCCUGUUUUAAUGUCUGCCAUGAGGUUGUCCUGAUAAAAAUGGGUUAAUAAUUAUUCAGCAGUACUGAAAUCCAAAAUAAUUUCCCUUUUAUCUGCAGCUGUCUGUAACAUGCACAAUCUAUAGCUCUCAAGAUCUGUUGGAAAGGAUGUACAAUUCUGUGUUUGAUAUCAGAACUGGGACUAUUAUUUCCACUUUUGAUCUGAGGCUUAAAACAAAAAAUGUUUGUGUAUUCUGCCUCAGUUUUUAAACAAAAUUCUAAUUGUUUUCAUUUUUCCUUGUGGUUUGUGAAUGUUUAGAGGUAUAAUACAAGCUCAGCCACAGUUUAGAGAACGAUUUCUUAACAUCAAUUUAAAAAAAGAAAAUAUUUACAAAAUCUGAAAUUUUUGAACAGUGCUAAAAUGUUUCUUGAAAGCUGCAUUCAUUGUGACUUAGCACUCCCAGGACCAUUUUCUGUAGGACUGAAAAUAGAAACAAAAGAUAAAAUGUUUUAGAAACUCUAAAUUAUAAUUUUCUGGCCAUGCUAAGCUUAGCAAUCUAUUCUAAUAGUUUGUUGGCUUUGGUAAUUUGAAUAUUGAUAUAUGAAAUCAUAGUAUGGAGUGAAAUAAAGCAUCAUGUCACAAAGGAGCAGGAGUAAAUUAACCUUGAAAUGAAAAUAAGACUUGGUCUGCUAAUGCAGGAACUGCACUCUCACUUUGCCCAUUUGAAGUUUAUCAGUGUAACUUAUCUGUUGCUUAAAUAAAGUGUUUGAAGCAUU